AUGGAAGCGUUUUUCGAUGAUCAAAACACGGAAACACCUGAUUUUACGAAAACUGCCACGGUAGUGGAAUCGGCUGAAGACGUUAGAGUACCAAAGUUUGCUUCGGAUGCUUUGACUAUCGAUGACCAAACUCACUUGGUGGCCCGUCAGGUCUUUGACAAACGGCUUAACGAUGACGGAAUUUGA